AUGUCGGAAAAGAAUGCAGAAUCUCAUGAUAAAGGUAACAUGGCAGGUUCCAUAACCGGAGCUGUCCUUGGAUCUGACGCAGGUAACAAGCUUCACCUUGGAAGAGUUGGAGGAAUUGCAAGUAGUGUGUUGGGUUCUGGUCAAGGCAGUAAGUUGGAGGCCAAAAUUAAGCAACAAAUGGACAAAUAA